GUAUCUCGCCCGUUCCCAAUGCCUCAAGAAAUGGAAGGUCUCCAAUCGCCUCUCAAGCGAAAGCCCGAUCCCGUUCCAGCUGAGGAAGGGGAUGAUGAGAAAAUGUUGAAGCAGCAGAAGCUCGACGCUCCCCUCGAAGAGUCGGCCGACGCCAUACAAGAUGACGAGAUGGGGCAAUCCGUCCAAUUCCCGGCGGAUAAGGGGAAGGAGAAGAUGCUGGUAGAUAAGGGAAAGAACAUCGACGACGAGGGUGUUCAGGAACCAGGGGAUUCUAGCGCUGAGGAGGAGGGAAGCGGGGAAGCCGAAGAUGAAGAAAUCGAUCUCACUGAUGAGCUUCUUACUGAGAUGGAUCCUGAUAACAUCAUACCGGAACGUACACGGUUGAAUGGUGAAUUGGUGCCCGGGACUUACCGUAUGAAGGGCGAUGAUGGCGAUAAAGAAGUGGAGGUGGGGGACGAGGACUACAAUGAAGAUUUGGAGGAGUUCGAAGAACAGGAGGAGACCAACUAGGUCGGAAUGGCAGAUAAUAGGUACAGAUUGAUAUCACUUUGCUUUUUUUGAAUUUUAGAUGAGAUGAAUGCGGGAUGUUUCUUCACUUCUGAGGCACAUUUCCACACUGCAUGUUCAGAUUUAGGUCUUUUCCUGAAGAUUGGUAUUCUAAUUCUAUGAACAUCUGAGAUUUUUUUUUUUCAACUA